AAAAAGACAACACUAGCAACCAGAUAUAAUACUACUUGAUUUUGCUUGCAUAGCCUGCAUAUAAUCGUUAGUAGUGAUUAAAACUAAGCAAAUUAUUGGCAGAUAAUCCUGUUCAAUCACAUACCUCUAUCACUAUAUCACUCACAAAACCAAUCGUCGAGAAGAAGAAAUCUAGAAAAUUUCCCCAAUCAUCUAAAGUGUGUACUCUUUGUGAUUUCGAUUCAAUGUCAGUCUUGAACCAGCUCUUUAAUCGGGGUGUCCUCGGCACUAAAUGAUCUGAGAUUCAAUGUCAGUCUAUGAUCAUGCUGAUGUUUGUUUUGUAGCAAAACAUGCUUAACUUUGGCAAUCUCCCGUAUCAAAUUGCUGCAGAAUAGGAGAGAUGCCUUGCUCAAGCAGAUGCACAAGGAAAUUGCUCAGUUUUUGCAGACUGGCCAGGAAGCCAUUGCUAGAAUCCGGGUGGAACAUGUUAUACGAGAACAAAACAUAUGGGAAGCAUAUGAGAUUUUGGAGAUGUUUUGUGAAUUUGUUCUUGCACGUGUGCCCAUUCUUGAAAGUCAAAGGCAGUGUCCUUCAGAGUUGCAAGAGGCUAUAGCAAGCAUUAUAUUUGCAGCUUCCAGGUGCUCUGACUUGCCAGAUCUCUUGCAAGUUAAAAAUUUGUUCACUGCAAAGUAUGGGAAGGAAUUUAUUUCAGCUGUCUCUGAACUCCGGCCAGAUACUAGCGUUAAUCGUACAAUAAUUGAGAAGCUUUCGCUUAUUGCUCCACCUGUGCAACUAAGACUCAAGCUACUGAAAGAAAUUGCAAAAGAGUAUAAUGUCAACUGGGAUUCUUCAGAUACUGAAGUAGAAUUUAAUAAGAAACAUGAUGACCUACUGGAGGGCCGGAGGCCAAUACAUGAAGAUCCUUUACCCUCUGCAUCUCAUAUACAGCAGUUGCGUCAGAAGUUAUCGUCUUCCAAUGGUGCACAAUCUGCCAUGCCACCAACCUUAACAGGAAAACCGAGUAUGCAAGGGCUUCAAACAUCAAGCCAUACCAGCAACCAGCCAGUAUCAAGUUCUGAUGGGACAAGAGCAUCCAAUCAGAAUAGCACUAGGGAAAGCUCAUUUAAUGACGUUAUAAAGGAUACAGGAUCCCGUCCUUCUGAUAUUCUAGAGAAAGCUAGAGCAGCAAUUGCUUCGGCGGAGCGUGCUUCAGCUGCAGCCCGAGCAGCUUCACAGUUGGUGAAUGUUAGUUUUGGAUCAUUAAAGAUAGAAGAAGGGAAAUCUUGAAGGGGUGUAUUUAUUAAGUUGAACUAUACUGUAAUGUUGUCUCGUAUUGCGAGCCAGUCACUGGAGCUGCAUAUGAAUGGUUUGUGUUUUCAGCUGUUUGGGGGUGCGAUGUGCAGUCUCUCUUUCUUGGUUCAAUUGAGUUGCAAAUUUCUCGUUUAUGAUUGACUCCUCCGAAUUCUAGAAGCUAGAAUGUAGGCCAAGGGAGUCGCACAUUGUAUGUAGUAUGUGCUACAGGUAUACAUCAGAACUUUAAUGUGCAGUUAGCUGUGAUUGGAAGCUUUUUUUUGUCAUUGACAUAUUAGCAAGUUUCA